AUGCCGGAUCUGACAGAUGACGCCGACAAGGGACCUGGAAUCUCACAAGCAGAGCGCGCUGGUGAGAAUGCUGGCGAGCCACCCUCAAAGAGACGACGACGCGAGUCGGGAGAGCGGCAGCAACGUGAGAUUGGUCUGAUGAGACAGAGCGAUGGCGCGAAUGUACCAAGCUUUGUAGGCAGCUCGAGUGGCAUUCACUUUGUUCGAUCGGUAUACAACGCUUUGGAAAAGUCCCGUGUGCACAUACCGCCUCAGACACCAGACCAAAAUAUCGUACCCGGGGAAGAGGAUCAGCUGGAUGAAGCAGUACCUUACAGCUCGAAGAACCUCUGGGCACUGGAUGAAUCAGAGACAGCCAAUUCUGGAUUUUCUGCCUUCGAUUUUGAUGAUCUACAAAUGUGGAGCGAGAGCUACUUCGAGAAUUGGCACACUGCUUAUCCUUUUGUUCAUGCACCUACAAUCCUUGAAUAUCUGGAGCAACAUGUUGGACCAGCCACUCUACCAGAGUUGUGUAAGCAGCGAAGCCCAAGCUUCACGAUCAUACGCUCGAUCAUGUCAAUCUCUCUUGCCGACCGUAGGCAGUCGGGACGCACGUUUGAGAAGCCGCUGCCUGCAUCCCUUGUCUUCCUUUCCUUCAGAGAAGCCAUGGACAGUGUGCAAGAUAUGCUGUUCAAGCCAUCUUCAAUCGAUGCGCUGCAAGCAGUGGUCUCGGUACAGCUUUUUCUGGUGUCCAUGCUACGUCUCAAUGGAGCAUCGAGACUUGGUGGUAUGAUUGUGCGGAUGGCAUUUCAGCUAGGAUUGCACAGGUGUCCCGCGAGAUAUGCAGGCUUCGAUCGCGAACAAGCUGAACUCCGCCGUCGGCUGUUCUGGACAAUAUACUGUAUCGAUCGCUAUCUCAGUCAGUCCUUGGGUCUGCCUCUGACUAUUCGUGAUGAUGACGUGGAUGUCUGUCACUUCGACGAUGAGAGACAUCCAUCUGAUGGUCGUCGGCAAGCAGCUAUGGAUGACCGGCUCAGAACGCUAAGCUUUCUCACCAAACAUGCUUCGAUCAAAGGACAGAUCGUGGAGCUCCGCAACAAGUCCAUUCAUCAACGGACCGGCAACCGGGAUCUUGCUACACUAAUCGGAUCUCGUAUCGGCAAGUGGGCCAACGAUCUCCAGUAUAUCCUAGAUGCCGCUGACCAUGAUGAACCUGGUCGAUUCAGCACGUUGCAGGAGGUGGUCCUCCUAGUUUCACAACAUGAACUCGUCAUAUCUCUCAAUCGACCUCUACUGGCGCUCGAGAAGCACACACCAGAGUAUAUGGCGGCUCUGCAGACUUGUAUCCGUGCCUCUGAUACUAUAAUCACCACUCUUCAUAAGUAUGUCUUUUUCCGACUCGUUCAGAGGGGUGAAGGACCAUCUACAGCACCUUUGUUAUGGCCCUCACUGACUUGGUGUGUGUGGAUGAGUGCAUUCAUCGUGCUUCACGCAGCGAUCGAGGGAGAGAUGCCAAGACACAUUGCGAGAAACCUUGCAGAUAAUAGCGUGGAGAUUCUCAGGCAUCUCGCUCUACGAGGAAGUGUUUGGCCAAAUGUCAGUGCGUUUGCUAUCGAUGACCUGUUUCUGAGACUGCUUCUCGACUCUACUGCUACAACGCCACAGUCACCGCCACUCGAAGCCAAUCAUGUCGAGCCGCGCAACGACACCAGUUCUCAGAAGACUGGUGGACCAAGUACGCGUCGUCCUCUCCGUGACAAUCCGCGCCUGUUCAACCGCUUCAACACAGCGAGUCAACAGAACAACCAUCCCAAUAACGCCGCGGAUUUGGAAGGACAAUCUUUCUCAUCAUCUGAACCACAGCUGUAUAUUCCUUGGCUACCUGAGGCCGAUGCAGCUGCAGCCACUAGUGACAAUAUCUUCGAGCAGUUCGACAUUCCUUUCUGGAUAGGCGAUGAUCAAUACUCUUCAGUCUUGAACUUCGAUCUCUAG